AUAUUCAACAAGCUGAAAGGAAAGCCACAGAAAGCCUUGGCUGACCUCCUCCGAGAGUACAAUCUUCCUCCGGGCCUAUUUCCCCGGAACAUAACGUGCUACGAGCUUGAUGAGGCGAAGGGUAAGCUCAUCGUAUACUUGCCGUCUCCCUGUGAGGUCAGCUUCAAGGACUCAUCCGUCAUUAGGUACGCCACUCGCGUCAAGGCGACACUCUCAAGGGGAAAGCUCAGUGGGGUUGAAGGGAUGAAAACAAAGGUUUUGGUUUGGGUUAAGGUCACAAGUGUUGCUGUUGAGAGCUACAAGUCUGAUAAAGUUUGGUUCACUGCUGGUGUGAAGAAAUCUAGACCAAAAGAUGCCUUUGAGAUGCCUAGAGAUGCCAUUAACCUUGAAGAGUUUUAAGGUCUCUCUACCUUUCAAAUUUACUAUUUGUAAAGCCUAUUUUCAUGACAUUUCAUUGGUAAUUCAUUGGUUUCUAUAAG